AUGCGCUUGUACUCGACAAGAGCGAAGACAUCUGUAGGUGGUGCGUACGGCACAAGCGAUGCGCGCGACGACUACUACAAUCAAGUGAAGGAAGAUAAAGAGGAUCAGCUGCUGGAAGACGAGGAGUUCGCUGCCCUUCGCGAUGCUGACAGCGACGAGCCUAUGUCCGUCACCCACCGCCUCGCACACAAGGCCGACGCUCUUGAUGCUGAGCUGCGGCGCAUCCGGUACUGCCUGUGCGAUCGGGCUCAAUUCCUCGUGGACACAGCCCCGGCGACCUUCUCCGGUCGUCCAACUCAGGUAGACAAGGUGCUGAAGCGCUUGAAGGGGGCAGGCAACCAGCAGCAAAGCGAUGGCGCUGCAGCCAAGUCGCCACGCAAUGGCACCCCUGCAGCGAUUGUGGCGGCGGCAUUGCGCGCCUCUCCAUACGCUGCGUGGCAUGGUACUUCUGACCCUGUGCUGCGCUUCUUGAGCCUUCGGCUGCUCUGGCCGCGCGCCGGGCAGGCAGGCCGCAGCGCGUUUCAUGGCGGAGCGCCGUCGCAUGGUGCCGAGCUUGCCACCCUUGAGGCCGACCUCGACUACCUCCGUCGCGGACGUUCGCUGAACCAACUAAACUACUACAGCCGGCUUAACCUCACCCCCAAGCGACACAUCUGGAUGUCGCUCUACCAAAUUAUGUGGAACUGUGUCGUCUCGUCGCAGGACGCCGUCGGGUGUGUCGUCUUUGGUACUCUCCGUGGCAUGAAGGGUCACGGCGUGGUUCAAGGAGCCUGCAAGGGCACAGCCAUUGGCCUCAUCAAGGCCCUUGAGUUUCUGUGCUACGGCUGGGUCGUGUCUCCGCUGCUUCACCUUAGCCGAGGCCUGUGCAACACCCUCUACGGGCCAGUGAACAGCAUCACCGGAAAGUACAUGUUCGACGCCCUCAGCGGCCGGUGGAUGCGGUGCACCGUGGCCGACUCGCGCGUCUUUCGCCACGAGCUGCAGCGCGAGAAGCGCGUGCUGCGCACGGUCGGGCGCGCCGAGUUCCGCCGCAAGAGGAUGAAGGUGCAGCACAGGUGGGCCGACUGCAUGGCUUCCAUGGGCUUCCGCGUGGAUAUGAUGAAGGAUAUGUUCAUGCAGAAAGGGACCGGGGGUCCGCACGGGACGUCAGCCGGCAAAGAGGGCAUCGGUGGCAGCAACAACGAGAUGCGCAAUCCGUACGAGGUGCUGCAGGUGUGCCGCACCGCCAACACGCAGGAGAUCAAGAAACAGUAUAAAAAGCUCGCCAUGGUGUUCCACCCCGAUGUCGCGCAGAGCCACCGCAGUGGUGGCGGGCCGCUGUCACCCGAGGAGAAGGCCGAGGCGCAGCGCAAGUUCGAGGAGAUCUCAAGCGCCUACCAAGUGCUGUCGAACCCGGAGAAGCGCAAGGCCUACGACUUCGGCGGCGCCCAAGGCGUCCGCAUGCACGAGACCAAGUUUGGCAAGUUCAUGUCACGUACGCCGGCGGAGAUAGUGCAGAGUGUGUUUGGCGGAGAGGGCUUCCGCCGUGUGCUGGUUGGCGAGCUGCUCCGUUCGCACUGGGCGCUGCGCAACGAGGCGCAGGUGAGCGUGUCCAUUCACGAGCUGGAGGAGCUGCAGUGCAUUCGGGUGCGGCAAGUGGCCGUGGAGCUGGCUGCUAUCGCCGACGUGCACGCGCAGCGGCCGACAACGCCGUACUACAGAGGCGCACCGGCGUCGGCGGGGGUCGGUGGUGCUCAGGGCAGCCGUCGCCGCACCACCACCUCCUCCGCGUCCAGCAGCAGCCUGCCGGACUAUUUGAAGUCGGGGAAGGCUCGCUGCAGCCCCAUCGCUACCUCCAGUUGUCGCGGGAGCACAAGCGGCACAGGUGCACCCGCCGACAUUGACAUGGAUCGUGAGAUGCACAACUCGAUUAUGGAGGAGCUCGGUGGUGGUAGUGGUGCAUCGGGGAGCGGUGGCAAGGUCACGUUAACCGGACAGGCAAGGCUAUCGCCCAAGGGCACGAUGUCCGCAACAUCGUCAGUGAGCUCGGCGUGGUCGUCAUCCCCGUUCGUGUUGCAGCCCGGGAGCAACGAGUACAACUGCUUCUCGCGCGACUUCGAGGAGCGCUGCGACAGGUUUGUGCGACACAUGGCUGAGGCGUGCUUUGGCAAGGCUCUCCUCUACGAAGUUGGGGAGGCCUACGUUGUCGGAGCGCAGCGUUUUCUCGGCAUUCGCCCCUUCUAUGCACCGAAGAUGCUCGUCACGCGCAAAGUAUUCACAGGCAUGGAUCGCAUCUACGAGGCACUCUUGGACAAGAGGCAGCUCACUCCCGAGGGUAUGUCGCGCAAGCUGAUGGUGGAGUACUUCAACAUCGAGUACGACACAGUCGUCGCGGAUAUCCAUUGUGUGCUGCGCUACGCAGUGCAAAUGGUGCUGCAGGACGUCGUCGAAUCCGACGAGGUGCGCCGCAAGCGGUGCUACGCUGUGUGGUACUUGGGGGAAAGGAUGAUGGCAGUCGGGGAACGCUGGACGACGCGCAUCAUGAACGACGAAGACCUGGCUGCCUACAUCCAGCAAGCGGCGACAGCGGUGGCGACGACGAGCAAGCCACCGGCGUUUUAG